UCGCCGAGAAGCCAGUUUCAACCGAAGACAGGGUCCAAGCUCCACAGACACGCCAUGUCCUACACGCGAGCGGGAGUCGGCGGCGGCAAGCCCGUUGCAAAAUACUCCACCGAGGGAGCGCUGCAGUCCCUCGCCGACGCCAGGGUGAACCGCAGCAGCGAGAAGACCCAGCUCAUCAUCCUCAACGACCGCUUCGCCGGCUACAUCGAGAGGGUGCGCGCCCUGCAGGAGCGGAACACCCGGCUGACCACCGAGCUGAGGCUGGUGUCUGCCCGGGAGGAGUCGGCCAUCUGCGAGCUGUACGAGGCCGAGCUGAGGGAGCUGCGGGCUCUGGUGGACCAGCUCACCCAGGAGAAGGCUCAACUGGACGCCGAGAACGCCAGCUGGCAGGCCAAGUCGGCGGAGUGGCAGGCCAGGUGUGUGACCGAGACUGCCGCGACUACCGCGGUGAGGACAGAACUGGCAGCGGUCAAGAAGGAGGUGGACGCGGCGACUGUGGAGCGUGUUGGGUGGGAGAACAAGCUGACCACGAUACAGGAGGAGAUCGAGUUCUCCAAGAGGGUCUGGGAAGAGGAGACACGCAAGGUCCAGUCCCAGCUGACCCAGACUGUGGCCAUCGCUGACACUGACACCCAGGUCAUCUCCGGACCGGACCUGAGCGAGACUCUGCGGGAGAUCCGCGUGCAGUACGAGAUCAUGGGCCGCGCCAACAGGGAGGAGGCCGAGAACAAGUACAAGGGCAAGUUCAGCGCGAUGUCCCAGCAGCGGGAGUCGGAUAACCAGGCUCUGGCAGCCGCCCGGUCCGAGCUGGCCGGCCUGAAGAGGACGCUGCAGUCCAUCAUCACCGAGACAGAGGCACUGAAGAGCAAGUCUGGCUCCCUGGAGGCGAACAUCGCGGAGACAGAGGCCCGCACGCAGAGGGAGAUUGUGGAGUUUAAGGCCGCCAUCUGCGAGCUUCAGGCUCAGAUCGACAGGAUGAAGUCAGAGAUGACUCAGCACUCCGUGGAGUACCAGGAGCUCAUGAGCAUCAAGAUGGCGCUGGACGUGGAGAUCGCGACCUACAGGAAGCUGCUGGACGGGGAGGAGAUCACUGACAGGAUCUUCAGUGAGGUCCGUGCCUGAAGUUUAAGGUGAUGUCAGCAGCUGCGUGUUCCAGUUGAGAAGUCGAAGGAAUCCGACCGUAUUACGUACAAUGAGCUAUGUUGUGAUGUCACAUUAUAUCCGCAUUUUAUCGAAACAACCCCGACCUUAUCCUAGCUACAUUUGGAAACUAGUUAAGGUUUGUCUGUAGAACUACUAUUUGUCCGAAGAACCGUUUGUUAUUGUUGUUGUUGUUUUGAGACGGAAGGAGGCCGAUGGUGAUGCUUUGCUUGCGUUAGUGACAGGACGUCGUCGCGGCUAGUCGCAAGCAUCACGUAACAGUAUACAAUUGUAAUGGCCCACUACAUUAUCACGGUGAUCCACAGGGCUUUACUUAAUUGGACGAUGGACAGGCAGACAAUCUUUGUCGUACCAUACAAUUAUGAUAAUAAGGGCAAACAGAUUUUUGAACAUGUAAUAAAUGAUGAGAGAGAUGAUGUGCAAGAACCUUUAGACCAAUAAACAUAACUUUGAUACACUCUGACCCUUUGUGUUUAUG